GUUUUUUCGUCACCGUUGGUUACUAUGAGUGACGUGGAAAAUAUGUCUGUGAUGGAAAACAUAAGGAAAGAAAGAGGACAGUUUAUAUCGAUUCGCUGUCUUAACCAGGAUAAACUACAACUGUACAAGCUGAGCGUUGUUGUUAUUCAUCAGCUAAACGCAUUGUCGAGUAUGGCAGGUGUUCACAUAUGACAGCAAAUUAUAGUGACUAAGUUAGUUGAUCUUUCUCUUGUGAAAUAAAACGGGGGCUGGUCGGGAACUUCUGAUUGUCAGAAAUCCCAUCCCUCUUCAACACCAUGGACGUCGUCGACUACAGAAGCGAGUUAAGGAUGUCAGCCAGAGAAGUCAAAGCCUUCCUAGGCGCGGACAUAUUCACGGCUGUCGGGGACAGGAAUAAGGAUGAUGUUGAAUAUAGAUUUGUGGAUGUCAUGCUGUUUGGUGGGGCCCCUUGGGGGUUCACUCUGAGAGGGGGCCUGGAGCACCGAGAACCACUGCUCAUAACCAAGGUGGAGGAGGGCAGCAAGGCGGCGACAGUCAGCCUGCAGGUGGGAGAUGAGAUCGUCAACAUCAACACAGUUCCCAUCAGUGGAUCCAGGCAGGAGGCCGUCUGUCUCGUCAAGAGCUCCCACAAGACCCUGGCCCUGGUUGUCCGAAGGAGGAAUGAACCAGUCUCCCGGCCCCAUUCAUGGCACUCCUCCAAGUUUACAGAAGACCACCCCGAACCCACAGAGAGUCACGAGCCUCCACCUGCACCCCCACCUGUGUGGCAGGUCAAACAUGAAGUCAGUGCAUCCACAAAAGACCUUUCCAGCUGCGGGGACCACGACUCGAAUCUACGCCAGUUAUCCAGCCAGUUCAGCUCCGUGGGGAAUAUGGAGAGAGUAGAGCGCCCCUCACACCCCUUCCAACCAGGAUGCCUCUCCCCCAGCAGGUACCACCGCAGCGCUGAGCCUCUCUCUGGGGGUGGAGGAUCUGGUGGGAAGAGAGAAUCGGCCUUCAGUUGCCUCUCCUCCACCAGCCCUCCCCCGGAGCCUGCUCUGGCCCUCGCCAACACUGACACUGCUGCAACUGAGAGCAGCAUGUUCCAUAAGGGUGUCCAGACUCAGACCAGUGAGGAUGGAAGGCCGGGUGAGCAGCGCCACAGCCGGUACCUCCAGCGGCCCCAGGGGGACAGAGGCUCGGAGAGCCCCAGGACAGUCCCAGAGGAGCAGCCUGGCUCCCGCUACUCCAGUUCAGGCUCUGGCAGAUCGCACAUAGGCCCUGUGUGGAAUGUCCCAGAGAGGAGGAGGGUAGCAGCGCCCCCCUCUCCUCCUGCUCCUCCCCUGCGCAGUGACAGCUUUGCUGUCACCAAGGUGUACCCUGCCUACACAGAGGGGCCUGGAGCUCCACCACACGGGCAGAUGAAGGCCCAGGAACGAGGGGUGGACAGGCUGGCUGAGGCCCCAGAGAACAGCAGCUACAGAGGCCGGGGCAACCAUAUCCCUCACGAUGAGAACGGUGUAGACCCUAGGUGCAGUUACAACCCUCCACCUUGCAAGAAAGACUUCCUCCACCCAAACAUAGCAGCAGGAGCACCUGACUACAACCACAACCAGCUCAGCAACCCAAACAAACUGUCCUCUGUGUCUAGCCAGGACGUGAGACAGAGUCAGUCUCCCUUCACUUGCCUGCCCAACCACCAGCGGCAGUACAGCGACGAAAGCACUUUCUACCUGCAGACCAGAUCUGCCCCACAUCCACCGAAGCCGCAGAGCGUCGGUAGCUACUACCACAGCCUCCAGGAGCUCCCUACCAACUGCAGUAACAGCAGGAACCACGUGAGGUCCUCCACCACGUCCCUGUCCACCUCGACUAUCGACCAGAACUAUGACUGCGGAGGACACAUCCGGUACUACUGCAUCACAACCAAGCAGCCAGCCCAGCCAGAGACUCGUGUUAGACAGAGCAAAUCAGAGGUCUGGAGAUCUGACAUGGAGCUAGCUAAGGGCUCCAAUGACAGGGGCUCCACAAGUUCCUCCCACAAGACCAACAAGGUCAAGUAUCCUCCUAAUCCUCAGCCUGCUUACACCAACAGCAAGGAGCGGAACGGAAAUUUCCAACCGGCCAAUGUUCUGCUUUACGGCCACACAGCCUCUAAUUCCUCAUCCUCAUCUGGUAAACCUACCACUGAGGAGAAUGAGAGGAGUGAGGGCCAGAGGCCUACAGAGGCCCAGCUUAGAAGUUCUUACUCUCCCAGUCCGCCCAAGGACCACAAGGUGGCACCACUGAGAGAAGACCCAUGGGUCUCUCAGGAGAACCAUAAGAUCUCUUCUCAAAAGACACCCAUGCUCCACAGUCUGGCUCAGGAGAGUAGAAGCCCCAUGCUUCAUUCUCUAGCCCAGGAGAGUGUUCUCCACCAGGCUCUUAAUCACCCUGCUACGGCACCACCACCACCAUCCAACGGCGGGGGAGAAGCCAACCACGCCCUACAGGAGGCUUUAAAGGACAACACGGCAACGGGCAAAUUGGCGAGACGCAGCGACCGAUACGCCACCACCCUCCGCAACGAGAUCCAGCUAAAGAGGGCCCAGCUGCAGAAAAGCCGGAGUGCUGCCACCCUGACCUGCCCCAGCGAGACGGAGGAGCGAGAGGAAGAGGAGACAGACCCGGGGGGGUGGAAGUCCACCUCCUCUGAUGGCUCCUUUUCCACGUCCUACAAGGACCACCUCAAAGAGGCGCAGGCGAGGGUCCUCCAGGCCACAUCCUUUAGGAGGAGAGACCUAGAACCUCCCGGGUCAGGGUCGGAGGCUCCGUUAACCAAACCCAACUCGCACAUAGUCUCCCGCAUUGGCGGCCGCAAGCGUUUCCCUCUGAACAAGAGGGUCCACUCGUUCUCCGAGCCAGACAAGAUCAACAAGCUUGGAGUGGAGGGUGAGGGAGAACAUCCUGUUGGAACAGCACGGUCAUUUAUAGACCGGCGGAAGUUCUUUGAAAUGGCUGCUAAACCUUCCUUCUGCAAACCCAUCUCAACCAUCCACAAGUCAGGCCAGCAGAGCUCCAGCACCACCUCUGGCACUUUGGAGCGCGGAGAGGGCAAGGCCAGAGGGAGAGCCCACUCUGGCGAAACUGAGGAGGCCUGGAGGCCGGGCCUUGCCAGUGAGACCUCCAGUGACCACCACCCAGACCCCCUCAGCCCCGCAGGCAGACAGGCCCUACUGGAGCAGCAGAGGCUGGGGACCUUUGCUGAGUACCAGGUCACCUGGAACAUGCAGAGGAAGGCUUCAGACACAAAGCCCCAGGGGAGGUACCACUCUGCUGACAACAUCCUGGACCAGGGUACAGAGGAGACUCCUGUCUGUGUCCACGAGAGGUCCAGAUCGUCUCCCUCACAAGACUUCCACACACAGAAGAUCCCUAUGCCAUGGAGAGAGACUGUUGAAAACCCGUAUCUGGAUCACAGACGGGACCAGCAAGGAGGCAGUUACACCGCCAGAGGGCAGAGCGAGAGCAGAGAGCAGCCAACCCAGCUCCACCACUUCCCACAGCCUCCACAACCGUCUAUUCCAAGACUGACCGACACAGAGCCACACAGCAGCAGAGACGUGGCCACCCCCACCCCCCUCCCUCUCCCCUCCGAACACAGAUACAAACGUGACUUUGCGAACCCCGCCCACAACCUCCCGGCUCUCCCCCCGUACCCCUCCAAUCACACCCACAGCUCUGUGUCUGAGCAACCACUACCACCUCCAAUGCCCGCUCCCAAGCCCCAGAAUACAGGCCUCAUCAUCAUGCCACAUUGGCCUCUCCUAGGCCUGGAAACCUCCUCAACCACAUCCUCCUCCUACGGACUGUCCCCCCAGGAAUUCCUGCCUGGCCCUUGCACCCAUCAGGCUGAACCAUCAUCCAGCAGCAGCUGCUCCUCCCAUGGCACAGAGCUGGAUCCUGCCUCAAACCAAGCCUGCUCCUUGGGCUCCACCCAGCUCCCCUCUCCCUCCCCUGGGAGAACCGCUGGACAGGGCACGGAGGAGGGAGCAGCUGAUUCAACACUAGAGCCGCCACCCUCCCCCUCUUCCCACUCUCCUUUUUUCUCCUACCAGCCUGCCAGUCUGACGGUUCCCUCCUCAGGUGGGACUAGUUCUCCCUCUCCUCAGUUUGCUCCACAGAGGCUGACGGACCAGCCCCCUGUCUCUGUGUCUGUGCAGGAUGAAGCCCAGAGCAGGCCAGAGAACAGGACCAACACUGUGAUGGAGAUGAGCAGUGUAGGGAAGAAGGUCCCUGUUAAGAUCGUCCAUGCUGAGAGCACCACAGAGAGGGAGAGCCGCCAGUACCUGCUACACAGCGAGAAAAAUAGGGCCCCUGGAGUUUCAGAGGGGCCCGACCUUCCCCCGCCCCUACCGACCUGCCUGCCCUCCCCUGAGCCGCAGCCCUACUCCCUGUUCCGUGCCUACACCCCCUACACACGCCAUGGGGCCCAGAGUCCCCCCAGGGACCCAACCCUCACUGUAGCCCCAGAAGAGACCCUGUCCCCUGGUCAGUCUCAGACCAACGGCCCAUCAGGUACCUCCACCAUGGGUCCCCAGCAGCCUCAGAAGAGUAACUCGGAGGAGGAUGUGAAGAGAGAGGAGCUGGCCAGAGACAUCAUGGACAAGGAUAAGUCCCUGGUGGACAUCUUGGACCAGAGUAAGAUGAAGACCACCAUGGAUCUGAUGGAGGGGAUCUUCCCCCAGGGGGAGCAGAUCUUGGAUGGGGGGCACCAGAGGAGGAAAGUCUCCCCCAAACAGGGAUUGCCGCCCAGGGGAAUGGGUGACCGGAGAGAGGAGGAGGACAUGUCUUCUGCCACCGGGUCCCUGGUGACCAGCUCCUCUUACUACAGCACAUCUGCCCCCAAGGCUGAGCUGCUCAACAAGAUGAAGGACAUGCAGGAGGACGAGCUGGAGGAGCUGGAGCAAGACUCGGAGGACGAACUGGACAUCAACCUGGCCAGCAAGAAGCAAGAGCUGAUUGACAGCCUGGGUAAGAAGCUGCAGGUGCUACGCGAGGCCAGGGAGAGCCUUCAAGAGGAUGUCCACGACAACAACUCUCUGGGGGACGAGGUGGAGGCCGUGGUGCAGAGGGUCUGCAAGCCCAACGAGCUGGACAAGUUCAGGAUGUUCGUGGGAGAUCUGGACAAGGUGGUCAGUUUGCUGCUGUCCCUGUCUGGCCGACUGGCCAGGGUGGAGAACGCUCUCAACAGUCUGGAGGAAGACACUACACCAGAAGAGAAGCGUACCCUGUCAGAGAAGAGGAAGUUGUUGAUCAGACAACACGAAGACGCCAAAGAGCUCAAGGAGAACCUUGACCGGCGGGAGCGCCUGGUUUACAGCAUCAUGGCUGCUCACCUCAGCCACGAGAGCCUGGCAGACUACCAGCACUUUGUCAAGAUGAAGUCAGCCCUCAUCAUCGAGCAGCGCAAGCUGGAAGACAAGAUCAAACUGGGAGAGGAGCAGCUGAAAUGUCUGCUGGAUAGUUUAUUGUUGGAGCAAAGGCUGCUGUUCUGACGAUGCUUAGUGCAAUCCGAGAUGCUUGGGACGUCCCUAACCUCAACCCUUACCCUGACCUUAACCCUCACCUAAUCUUUACCUUUCAACUUCAAUAGGGUGACUUCAGAGUUGGGACGUUCCAAGGAUCUCGUUUAGACUUUUCCUUCUGACAAUGGCCACACAAGAGGUGAUGUGGUGUACUGACACAGACUGGCCACUAGAGAGCCUCAGAGAGGCGCUGUUGGAUUUGGAUAUGAUGGAUUUUCCGUGUGCUUUCUGUUGUAGUUGACUGACUUCUUGAAGCCUGUUACAUUUCAGGUCCACAGUACAGACAGGAGCUGUUUUUCUGUGCUGAAGAAACACCCUGUUUCUGGAUUUAAAGUAGCUCCUUAGAAGAAAUUCAUUAAGAUGGAUGAAACUUGCUUUGCUAAAUGUGUUUGGUUCAGGGAUGUUGGUGAGGCCUCAUGGUGAGGGCUAUGCUCUCAAAUGAUUCUCAAGACGAGGCGGAGCGCCUCCGUUUAAUAUAAUGCGUGAUGGAACAUGUUUUUUUUAGUAAUUUAUUGUAGCCUUUUAAAUAUUUUCAGGUGACUUGACAUUUCAGGUAAACUCACCCAUAAACCUACGUUGUAGUUAAUUACUAUACAAAUGAUACAUAUUCUCAUUGUGAAGUAUAGGUUUUAUAUUUAGAUCAUUAACAGGGUUUUUCCUCAAUGGGACAGUGCUGGUUUGGCUCAGAAGUCUAAAGUUAUUUUCAUAUUUGCCCAACAGUACAUAUACUACACACACCACUAAUAGCUACAACACAGUUGUGUAUGUUUUCAACCAAUGUUGUUUUUAGCCCCCACUACUCAUACAUUAGUAUGGUAUUUCUUGACAAUGUUUAUUUUAUACUCAUGUCCUGGGUCUUUUUAAAAUUUAUUCCAAAAGUAUAAAAAGGUAAUUAAACAUUUGAAAUCCGUUGUGAGCAGCAGGUACAGAGGCGAGCCGGGAACCGGAGGAUUGCCCAUUCGAGUCCCGGGUCCGACAAGAAAAAAAUCUGUCAGGAAGUGAGCUGGCAACCGGAGGGUUCCUGGUAUCAAAUCCUAGAUGCCAUUGUGCCCUUGAGCAAGGCACCCCCCCCCCCCCCACAACAACAGGUGCCCAGUGUGUCAGACCCCUGUGCCUCUCCAAAACAUGUAUGUGUAUUUUGAAUGGCAGUUUCUUUCUUUUGGAAGAGUUGGGUUAAAAGCGGAAGGUGCGAUUUGACCAACAAAGGGAUCUUAAAAUCAAAGAUUGAAUUAGCACUUUAUCGUCUCAGAAUUCCCCUGUUUAGGGACCCAUCUCAACCUGACGUUGUGCCUGGGCGUCUGCCACUGUGAACACUAAAGGAUUUGUAUGUCCAUGCUUUGUAUAACCAUACAUACAUGCAUUGUACUCUCACAAUAAACAUAAACAUUAUGACUCUU